GGGCUCUGCAUUUCCGGUCCACAUUUUAAAGAAGCCAAGAUUACCUGACCUGGUAUCACUAUCGCUAUCUUUAUCGGUAUCGGCUAGCUAGAGAAGAAUCUCGGCGGCUUAAAAAAUUGGAAAUCCCAAUUCCCGCGACUUCAAUACACGAGAACUGCCCACUCGUCGAUCAAAGCAAGAUGCCUCGGGCGAAGCGGUCGAAGCAGUAUCGCAAGCUCAUGGAACAGUUCUCCAUGGGCUGGGGAUUCCGAGAGCCGUACCAAGUCCUCGUGGAUGCCGAUUUCAUCUCAGAGGCGAACAGAUGCAAGAUGGACCUAAUCCGACGCCUAGAAGACACUUUGCACGGACAGGUCAAACCGAUGAUCACGCAGUGCUCUAUGCGGCACCUCUACGCGCAAAAAUCAGAACCGGGUGUGGAAGCAGCUAUCGAGCUGGCAAAGAGUCAAUUCGAGCGACGACGAUGCGGCCACCAUCCCAACGAAUACCCGACGCCCCUGAGCACGUCCGAAUGCCUCCAUUCGGUGGUGGAUCCUAAGGAUAACGGGGUGAACCGUCACCGUUAUGUGUGUGCUAUCAAUGACGACGCUGUCAGAGCAAAUCUACGCCAGGUAGCAGGGACACCAUUGCUAUUCAUUAGAAGAUCGGUGAUGAUCAUGGAGCCGAUGGCAACGGUUAGCGCUAAGGCAAGAUCCAAAGACGAGAAGAGCAAAUUCAGAGCAGAGAUCAAGAGGUCGGGUGAUAAGAGGAAGAGGGAGGAGGAGGAGGAGGACGGCGGCGGCGGCAGCGAGAGGAAAGACACGAGCGAACAGAGCAUUGGAGGAGCCGUAGGAGGUGAGAAGACUGAGAGGAAGAAAAAGAAGACCUACGGCCGCAAGGAACCCAAUCCGCUCUCCGUCAAGAAGAAGAAGAAGAAACCAGAGCAAGCUGCGGACGACCAACAUCCCAAGACGUCUCCAGUAAGGAGGGCAGUCGUGUCAGAAAAGACAGAAGGAGGAGAAGCGCCAAAACGAAAACGCCGAAGGAAACACAAGGGUAGUCGCGUAUCCGCAGGGGACGAGGCGGCUUCUACAGUCAACGGCCCUACUGCUACGGCGACGGAUGCAGCUAAUGAAGACUGAACAUAUCCAAUCCUCGCAAAAGGAAGCGCCUUGACAGGGGCUACAGCGCCCUGACCCGUAACAGUGCUGCAAUUUUGUACAUUUAUGAUACAAGCAAUUGAUACCACAAUAUGUUGUUUCUCUCCA